UGCAAUUCAAUCCUUUUCCUCAAACUCUCUCUCUCUCUCUCUCUCUCUCUCUUUCCCCAUUUACAUGAUCGCAUCCAUGGAAAGGGCAACGAGCUUGCCUCUUCAGCCUCCAACUUACGGAAACCUCAUUACAAUUCUCAGUAUUGAUGGUGGAGGGAUAAGAGGGCUUAUCCCAGGAACCAUCCUCGCUUUCUUAGAGUCUGAACUUCAGAAACUAGAUGGUGAAGACGCGAGAAUAGCAGAUUAUUUUGAUGUUAUUGCUGGAACGAGCACCGGUGGUCUCGUCACGGCCAUGUUAACCACCCCCGAUGAUAACAAUCGCCCCUUAUUUGCCGCAAAAGACAUUAAGGAUUUUUACCUUGACAAUUGCCCUAAAAUCUUUCCUCAAGACAGUUGUCCUUUCGCGCCUGCUACGAAGAUGAUUAAAGCUGUGACUGGCCCAAAAUAUGAUGGAAAAUACCUGCAUAAGCUCGUGAAAGAGAAACUCGGGAACGCAAGAUUGCACCAGACAUUGACUAACGUCGUUAUCCCAACGUUCGACAUCAAGCGUCUUCAGCCAACGAUCUUUUCUAGCUACGAGGUGAAGAAAACGCCGACUCUAGACGCCUUGCUCUCGGACAUAUGCAUCUCAACCUCAGCAGCACCUACUUAUCUCCCGGCUCAUUAUUUCGAAACCCAAGACUCCACAGGAAAACUGAGAGAAUUCAACCUCAUAGAUGGCGGCGUAGCCGCAAACAAUCCGACGUUAGUUGCAAUGGGCGAAGUGACGAAGGAGAUCAUAGGAGGAAGUUCGGAUUUUUUCCCUAUAAAGCCGAUGGAUUACAGAAGAUUUUUGGUGAUAUCGCUCGGGACUGGUUCACGAAAUUCUGAAGGGAAGUACGAUGCAAGUGAAGCGGCCAAGUGGGGAGUGUUGAACUGGUUGACCUGCAACGGCGGGAGCCCGUUGAUUGAUGUGUUCAUGCAAGCGAGUGCCGAUAUGGUCGACUUCCACCUCUCUGCGGUCUUCCAGGCCCUGCACCUUGAAGCCAACUACCUCCGGAUUCAGGACGAUAACUUAAGCGGGGCCGUGGCAUCCGUGGAUAUAGCAACGAAGAAGAACCUGAACGACUUAGUGAGAACCGGCGAAGCACUAUUGAAGAAGCCGGUUUCAAAGGUAGAUCUAGAAAAGGGUGGAUGCGAGGCAUGUAACCUGGAGACUAAUGAACAGGCUCUCAGAAGGUUUGCGAAAAUGCUCUCCAAUGAGCGACAACUUCGUCUUGCUAGGUCGCCUCAUGGACGUAACUCCGCAAAUUUGAAGCGAUCUAAUCUGUCUAGUCAACAGACGGCAAUUUGUGAAGACUGA